AUGUCAGUGCCGUCCGUCGUCGUCAUUCAAAAUGAGGGUUCGCCCAUUACUGCAGCUACCGAUGAUGAAGAUUCCAGAGGAAAUGGACAUCUGCAGAUCCGCCGUGAAAGUUCGUUUCGACGUCAUGGCUCAUCUCGACGAUCUCGCUCAACACCGGCUGCGGAUGCCAUUAUGUCCGGCGAGGAAGGGAUUGCCAGCCACCGGGGAAGCCGAAAAGCGCCUCCAAAAGACUAUGAACCCGGACUACGUUCAAUGCUAUAUGGGCUUCAUCAAAGGCAGGAAAAAGAAGAAGCGGAGAUGAAAAAACGUCAAAAGAAACAGCUUGGUAAGUGA